UGGGGAUCAAAGAAUUAAGCUUUUUCCUUUUUCUUUUUUCGCACUUUCCUUUAUUUCUUUCUUGAGCAAUUGCUUGUGUCACGGAGUUACAAAUUUUACCCAAUUUCCCCAAAAAGGCUUAGAAAUCUAUCAAAACCUCCAUUCUGCAUUUCUCUGCUUCGAUCUUUUUCUUCACUGUUUUAACCAGUUAUUGUUUGUGACAAUGAAGCAAUUCUCCGUUGAAAUUGGGACAAACCAGCCCGGAGGUGGUCCCAUUCGUCGAUCUCACCUCGCACCAGAAGGUGUUCUCCAAGUCCCCGCUCCUGACGUUCAGACAUUGUACGACGUGUUGCAAUCGAGCGCCAGAAAAUACAAGGACAAAAAAGGAUUCGGAUUCCGUCAAGUCGAAAACACGAUCGAGGAAAUCAAAGAAGUAUCGAAGUUUGUCGAUGGUGUUGAAACCAAGGAGAAGAAAACGUGGAAAUACUUUCAGGUAUCUCCUUUCCAUUAUAUUACCUACAGGGAAGCAGUGGAGAUCGCACAUCAGGUCGGCUGUGGUUUGGUCCAAUUGGGCCUGCAACAAAAGAGCAAGGUCGAAAUUUUCGCCUCCACGAGUUUAAACUGGUUAUUAAUGGCUCACGGACUGUUUACGCAAAAUAUGACCAUGGUCACAGCCUAUGAAACCCUCGGUGAAGAUGGAUUACUGCAUUCAAUGAAUGAAACCGAAGUGCAAGCUAUUUUCACCACGGGGGAGCUUUUGCCCACCGUAGCCCGCGUAGUUGAAAAAUGCCCUUCCCUCCGUGUCAUUAUCUACAACGGGGUUGCCUCCCCGGACACUUUGGAUAAGCUCAAGUCGAUCAAUCACAUUCAAAAUGCCUUGUCGUUUGAAGCACUGCUUGAUUUGGGCAAGGAACAUCCAAUUACUCCUCAGAAACCUACUCCGGACGAUCUCUCUUGUAUUAUGUAUACCUCUGGAAGCACCGGUGAUCCAAAGGGUGUCGUUUUGACACACAAGAAUAUCGUGGCUGCAGUGGCGGGUGUGACUAGACUGUUGCAACCGAUUCUCAAACCUGAUGACAGUAUCAUUGCUUACUUACCACUGGCGCAUGUAUUGGAAUUUGCUGUGGAAAACUGUUGCAUCUACUGGGGUGUUACGAUCGGAUAUGGAUCAGUAAAGACGUUGACGGAUACAUCGGUACGCAAUUGCCAAGGUGAUAUUAAAGAGUUCCAACCUUCGUUGAUGGCGGGUGUGCCGGCUGUGUGGGAAUCGAUCCGUAAGGGCAUCUUGUCAAAGGUGAAUGCUGCUUCACCUACGUCCCAGAAAAUCUUUCACAAAGCUUUUGCUUGCAAGGCUUGGCUUCAGGAAAAGCAGUUAUCUACAGCUGUGCUCGAUAAAAUCGUGUUCAACAAGAUCAGGGCACAGUUGGGUGGUCGUCUUCGUUAUGCGCUAUCUGGUGGUGCUCCUUUAGCUCUCGAGACCCAAAGGUUCCUUACCGUGGCCGUAUGCCCUCUAUUGGGCGGCUUCGGUAUGACUGAAAGCUGUGGAAUGUGUGCUCUAAUGCGACCGGCAGAACAUGGGUUUGGUCAUGUCGGAGCGCCCGUACCAUGCUGCGAAGUCAAACUGGUGGAUGUACCAGAAGCCAAUUACUUUUCCAAUAAUCCCAUUCCACAAGGUGAAGUGUGGGCCCGCGGUCCGUCGAUCAUGCAAGGUUAUUGGCGCCGGGACGACUUGACGCGGGAGACCAUUACUGAGGACGGCUGGUUAAAGACGGGUGACAUUGCUCAAUGGAACGCCAAUGGUACUUUGACGAUCAUCGAUCGUAAAAAGAAUCUGGUCAAAAUGAGCAACGGCGAAUACAUUGCACUUGAAAAACUCGAGUCCGUUUACAAGAGCUGCCUAUAUGUGAACAAUCUCUGUGUGUAUGGUGAUUCCCUUCUGCCUCGUCCAGUGGCGGUGAUGGUCCCGGCUGAACCGGCUGUACGACAAUUGGCCAAGGAGCUGGAUAUUGAAGAACCAUGCUGGGAACGUCUCUGUGAGCAUCCAAAAUUGAAAAAGGCAAUCUUAGGUGCGUUAAUCACAGAAGGCAAGAAGGCUGGUUUCAAGUCGGCGGAAUUGAUUUUUGAUGUUUACAUUUGCCAUGAUGAAUGGACGGUGGAGUCUGGACUGCUGACAGCUGCGCAAAAAAUUAAGCGACAAGAUAUCAAUAAGCGAUUCAAAGCCCAGUUGGACUCUAUGAACGCUGGCCAGGCGAACUAACAUAAUUAAAAUAACUAUCCCACAUCAAGUUAUAAGUCUGAGAAAUACCAUUUUAAUGACAGUGCAGGAAUUAAUGAUACUUUGUCGUGGUGAAUGACUGCAUUUCACCCAACUUUUAAUGC